AUGAAGAUGUUAACUAAGUUUGAAUCCAAAUCUUCCAGGGCCAAGGGGAUUGCUUUCCACCCAAAGCGUCCCUGGGUACUUGUUUCCCUUCACUCGUCAACCAUCCAACUUUGGGACUAUAGAAUGGGAACAUUGAUUGAUCGUUUUGAAGAUCAUGUCGGUCCUGUUAGAUCUGUUGAUUUCCAUCCAACUCAACCAUUAUUUGUUUCUGGUGGUGAUGACUACCUGAUCAAGGUCUGGAGUUUAGUUACUAGAAAAUGUAUUUUCACUUUGAACGGCCAUUUGGAUUAUAUCCGUCAAGUAAGUUUCCAUCCUGAUUUACCUUGGAUUUUAAGUUGUAGUGAUGAUCAAACCAUCAGAAUUUGGAAUUGGCAAAAUCGUCAAGAGAUUGCUUGUUUAACUGGUCACAACCAUUAUGUCAUGAGUGCACAAUUCCACCCAACUGAAGAUUUAAUUGUCAGUGCCAGUUUGGAUCAAACCGUAAGAGUUUGGGAUAUUUCUGGAUUGAGAAAGAAACACAGUGCUCCUGCUUCUUCGGUCCGUUCUUUUGAAGACCAAUUACAAAGACAACAAUUACCUCAACAAGAUAUCUUUGGUAAUAUUAAUGCUGUUGUCAAGUAUGUUUUGGAAGGUCAUGAUAAAGGUGUCAAUUAUGCUAGUUUCCAUCCAACUUUACCUUUGAUUGUUUCUUCUGGGGAUGACCGUGUGGUCAAGUUGUGGAGAAUGAGCGAUACCAAGGCUUGGGAAGUCGAUACUUUCCGUGGUCACACCGGUAAUGUUCUUUGUGCUAUUUUCCAUCCUCAUCAAGAUUUGAUUUUGUCUGUCAGUGAUGAUAAGACCGUUAGAGUUUGGGAUUUGAACAAACGUGUUCCUGUCAAGCAAUUCAGACGUGAUCAUGAUCGUUUCUGGUUAAUUGGUGCUCAUCCUAAUAUGAAUUUGUUUGGUGCCUGCCAUGACUCUGGUGUGAUGGUUUUCAAAUUGGAAAGAGAAAGACCAGCUCAUACAAUUUUCCAAAACAAAUUGUACUACAUCAAUUCAGAAAAACAAUUGCAAUCAUAUGAUUAUUCCAGAAAUGAAACUAGUUUACCUAUGUUAAGUUUGAAGAAGAUUGGAAAGACUUGGUCAUUCAUGAGAACCAUUUCUUAUAAUCAAACUGAUAAUUCCAUUUUGGUUGUCUUUGGUGAAGGAGAUUCUUCCAACUAUGCUUUGAUCAGUUUACCUAAACAUGUCACUGGAGCUAUUGAACCAACUGAUAUUCGUCAAGGAGAAGCUAAUUUUGCUACCUUUAUUUCUCGUAAUAGAUUUGUUACUUUUAUCAAAUCUACCAAGACCUUACACGUCAAGGAUAUGAGCAACAAUACCACCAAGACUAUCCAAUUAGACAGUUCUGUUAAUGAUGUUUUACCAGGUCAAGGAGGACGUAUUCUUUUAGUUAAAGCUCAUUCUGUUAUCAACUAUGACGUCCAACAACGUAAGGAGGUUGCUGAACUUAGUGUCAACAAUGUUAAAUAUGUCAGUUGGUCAAAUGAUGGUACUUAUGUUGCUAUGUUAUCUAAGCAUACUAUCACUAUUGCUAACCGUGAUUUGGAAUUGGUUACUUCUAUGCAUGAGACUAUUAGAAUCAAGAGUGCUGCUUGGGACGAUACUGGAGUUUUGUUAUACUCUACUUUGAACCAUAUCAAGUAUACUUUGUUGAAUGGUGAUAAUGGUAUCAUCAAGACUUUGGAAAAUACUUUGUAUAUCACCAAGGUUGUUGGUAACCAAGUUUACUGUUUGAACAGAGAUGGUGCUGUUGAAGUCAUUGCUAUUGAUCCUACUGAAUACAGAUUCAAGAAAUCAUUGGUUAACAAGAACUUCCAUGAAGUCUUGCGUCUUAUUAAGAACUCCACCUUGGUUGGUCAAAACAUCAUUGCUUACUUGCAAAAGAAAGGAUUCCCUGAAGUUGCCUUGCAUUUCGUGCAAGAUCCAGAAACUAGAUUUGAUUUGGCUUUAGAAUGUAGCAAUUUACAAGUUGCAUUUGAACAAGCUAAGAUUUUGAAUGAUUCACAAAUUUGGGAAAAAUUAGGUGAAGAAGCUUUAUUACAAGGUAAUUUGGAAAUUGUGGAAUACGUGUAUCAACAAUUGCAUAAUUUCGAUAAACUUUCAUUCUUAUACUUGUACAAAGGUGAUAAUGAAAGAUUGAAUAAGAUGACCACCAUUGCUGAACAUCGUGAAGACACCAGUGCCUUGAUUCAAAAUACCUUGUACUCUAAUGAUGUUAAGAAGCGUUGUCAAGUCUACAUUCAAAAUGGAAUGUUGCCAUUAGCUUACACUUUGGCUAAAUCGAAUGGAUUAGUAGAAUUGGCUGCACAAAUCUUACAAGAAGCAGGAUUAGAAGAAAAAGAUGUUGAUUUACCUGAAUUGGGUGGUGUUGUUCAAUUGCCUACUCCAAUUGAAGAACCAAUUGGUAACUGGCCAUUAAAGGAAAGCUCAUUAUCUUUCUUUGAAACUGCUUUGAUUACUGGACAAGUUGAGAAUUUGUCUUUGGAAGAUGAACCCGAACAACAACAACAACCACAACAACAACAACAACAGCAGCAACAAUUCACCAAGUCUGCUACUCCAGCAUUAGAAUUCAAUGAUGAGGAGUUUGAAGACGAUGAAGAUGAUGGUGGUGCUUGGGGUGAUCUUGACGAUGAUCUUGAUAUUGGUGAUGAAUUCAAUGCUCAAGCCGCUGCUGGUGCACCAUCUCCUGAUGUUGUUCCAGUUGUUGAAGGUGAAAUCGGAAUGUGGUUACGUAAUGCUAAGACCCCAGCCAGUUAUGCUGCUGCUGGUGCGUUUGAACAAGCUGCAUCCUUAUUGAAUAAGCAAUUGGGUGUGGUUAACUUUGCUCCAUUACGUCAAAGAUUCCUUACUGUUUAUGGUGCUAACAAAGUAUACUUACCUGGUGCUGAUGAUUUACCUGGAAUCAAGACAUUUAUUCGUGCUGAAAAUGAUGAAGACGAUCCAAAGAAGUUCAAGCCAUUUAUUCCGGGAUUUGAGCAACUUGAUGAAUUGGUCAAGAUUGGGUUUAGACAUUUCAAGUUGAACCACUUGGAAGAUGCCAUUUCCACAUUCCGUGAUAUCAUCUACACCAUUAUUGUCCUCAAUGUUGAAGAUGAAGAUGAGGAAGAGAAAUGCAGACAAAUCCUUAGUUUGUGUCGUGAAUACAUUUUGGGUCUUUCCAUUGAACUUGCUCGUCGUGCCCUUGAUCCAAGUGAUAUCAAGCGUAACUUGGAGCUUGCAGCAUACUUUACAAGAACUCAAUUACAAACUGAUCAUCGAGUGAAUGCAUUAAAGGUUGCCUUGACCCAGAGUAUGAAGGCUAAGAAUUAUGUCAGUGCAGCUCACUUUGCGGGAGAAAUAAUAAAAAUCAGUCCUGCCGGGUCCAAGAACUACGUGCAAGCUGAACUGUUCAAGUUGAGAGCUGAAACUGCUGGUUCUGAAGCUGUGGAGAUUGAUUUCGAUCCAUAUUCAGACUUUGAAAUUUGUAGUGGUACUUUCACUCCAAUUUAUCCUGGCGAGCCAAGUGUUUCUGAAGCUAUUGUUGGUGCUAAGUAUAAGCCUGAAUUUAAGGGUGGAGUGUGUAGUAUUACUGGAGUCAGUGCUAUUGGGGUUCCAGCCUCUGGACUUAGAAUUAGAGCUGAUUAA